AUGAAGAAGACGGGCCUUAUGCUGAAGCUGUUUCUUGUGUUGAUGCUUCGAGGGGCAUGUAAGGAAGGAGUGGAGGCAGAAUUCGAGGACUGGGUUUCGCAGAUCCUGCCUUGUCAUGCACGUUUGCAACAAGCGACGAUGCCAAGAUCCGAUGGCGUGUGCUCUGAGGGGAUUCUCAUGUUGAGAGGAAUGGGGCAUGGUCGGUCGUCAAGAUUGAUGCUGAGAGGAGGAGCAGACAACACUCAGAGUUCCGAAUGGAAAAUGUACAUGUCGCGGUCACUCAAGAAGCCAUACUGGGUCAACGUCAGGACUGGAAUCACCACCUGGCAACAGCCAGCGGUGUCGGCUCCUCCGAUGCCACGGCCUGCCAUGGCGUCCCCUGCCCCGCGCCCACAAGUUGGAGAAGAAGUUUCAAGGAAGCGACUCAAGCAGGAAGUCUCCUCAGAAUCGCCAAGACCGGCCGAUGGUGCCGAGACGAACAAGUGGGAGAACAGGACGAGAGAGCUGGCAAAGAGACUGUCGGACUCGCUGGUUUCAAUGAUGUCUUCGAGGGAUGCUCCUAUGGGUCAAAAUGGAAGCGUGACACUCAAAUCCUUCUUUGACGCGAAGAUACAGAGACUGAACGAGAGUCUGAUAUCAGAGCAGGUCGAUGACGGGGCCCGAGACGAAAUCAUGUACAAGAUGCAAUGGUUUCGGAGUGUACAGCAGCUGCUGAGUGAGGAUUUUGUUGAUGGCUUCAACCCCCCUGCGCCGACAACCAGGCGCGAGAAAAUCAGGCAGUUUUUCGAGCGAGACAUGGCAGCAACCUUGCAAACCAUCCCGAGUUCAAUUGGUCUGAACAAGAUCAAAGAGACGGAUUGGGUUGUUCGAUACUCCAGAUCACAGAACAAAGAGUACUGGGUGAACCGACUGACUGGACAGACCAGUUGGACUCCUCCUCAACUCCCGAAUUUCACUCCUCUCGAAGAGUUCUACAUAGAUCAGAUGAGCGAGCUGAAUCAGACGCUGUGGAAGUCCUGGGACCAUGAAGGGGAACAGUCAGAAACACAGCACGAGCCUCCGAUGAGCGCAGCAGAAAUCCCAACGGACCUCACAAGCUUCCUCUCCGGUGGCAUUCUUGGCUCUCAGGGUGCAGCGGUCGAUGACUACAGAGAUGAGGACUUGGAGGAGAUUCUCGCUGAGUUUGGUACUCACUGCACAUGUGAAGGUGACGAGUUCCCCAAGGUCCUUGGCCUCAAGGACUUUGACGAAGUCUGCAAUGAGACCUUUUCAAUGCUUGGAAACUUGAGCGAGGUUCCUGGCGCAAAAGACUUCGUCACUGCAGCAAGGAGACUGCUGGAGAAGAAAGAAAACAGCUCAGGUGCCUUGCCCAGCACCCGAACUCCUCUAAGACUCUCUGCAGCCCCGUUGCAGAACUUGAGAGAGAGCCUUGAACAAGACAACCUGACUCUCAAUGAGUUUCUUCAAGAGGUACAACGAGACACCUCAAGCUCAGGACAUGCGCUGUCCAAGGUGGCGGAGGAGGCUUGCAUCCAGUCGCUCAACGACCUUCCUCUGCGACUCGACCAUGAGACUCUGAGCGCCUCGGAGCGCGUCAUGAUGUGGAAGACCAUGGCGAGGAGCAACUGCACUCUGUGGGGGAGGAUGGACUUAAACCUGAGCACGAGCCUGCAACGCCCCAAGCUGAUCCCCCAAGACUUUCCCAGCUUGUCUCUGGCCUUAGGACUGCUCCUCCACACCAACCGCACCCUCUUCCUUCACGCCUCGGAGGUGCAAGGAUGUGGACUGUGGCCAGACAGCUGCAAGGAGCAGAUGGUCGUCCCCAAAGGCUCCUCCCUCUACUUCACCUCUGACAGGGUCUCCAUGCCUGCAUGCGACCUGUGCGGUCUGCUCCUGAUGCUGCUCCAGGAGCUCGAUCACCACUGGUACAUGGAGGAGAACAGCAGCGGAGUGAUGCUGGGCUUGAAGAGUCUGCGGGAGGAGGAGGACGAUUUGGACUCCCCAUCGUUCUGCAUCCAGGGUAAAGGAUGGAAGUUCGAGAGCUGCUCCUUGCAGAGUGAGAACGGGACCGUCAUUAUGGCAGAGCUUGAGGUUCCUGACAUGGGGGAUGCGUGA